AUGGAGAAACAUGCAGAGAAAUAUGAGGUUACAUUUUCUAUUGCCAAUGCCAGAUACUUAGAUGGGGGAAGCUACUGGUGUUUACUUGAAAUCUUUCCUCAGGCACAGCAAUAUUGGAGUGUGGGAGCAUACAUCCAGAUAAGAGAACAAAUUUAUUCCAAGCCGUCCAUAGCAGUGAGUCCCAAAGAACUGGUUCCACUGGGCAAAAAUGUUGCUAUCCAUUGUAAGAAUAAAGGCAACAGACUGGCUGAAUAUUCUCUCAUUAAGGAAGGGGCUCUUAAUAUUAUCCAAUUUAAAAGAGUAGAUAGGAAUGGAGCUGUAUUUACCAUUGACAAUGUUGAUCAAUCAAAAGUCGGGAUCUACUGGUGUGACUACAGACCGUACCGUGAUUAUCGAUACUCCCAUUUCAGUGAGAGAGUGUACAUCAACAUAACAGAUUGUAGCCUUUCCAAACCCUCCUUGAAAAUUACAUCUACAGAGCAGACCUCUUCGGGCUUCAAUGUUACCAUUGAAUGCCAGGGGCCAGAGAUGGGUCUGAUCUUCUCAUUACACAAAUCCGAGGACCUAAAAGCAACACAAGAAGAGACAGACAGAAAUGCAACUGCUUUCCAAGUUAUCAUGAAAGAGUUGGAGGAUGCAAGGCACUAUACCUGUCAGUAUUGCCACAAAGGAAAUCCCUUUGUGUGGUCAGAACUAAGUGACCCCUUGGAGCAGGAUAGGAAUGACAGUAUUACAAUUAUUGUUUGGGCAAGAAUUGCUGCAGGGUACCUCAUUUUGGUUUUUCUCUUGCUCUUGAUUACCUGCAAUCUUAUCCGAAAAAGGAAGAAGGGUAAGUGGACCCUGUAUGGGUUGCUUAAUCAGGAAUAAGAUUAAAGUAGACAUAACUGAAGUAGUAUUACAUGCAA